AUGGCAGCAGCACACCAUUUUGACGAUAAGAAAGCAAACUUUAAGGUUCUGCUGACGACGGCGUUUGGAGCGAAAGAGGUCGACUGCAGAGUCGCAUUGACGAUCCACUCUGUCACAAAUCUGCCAGUGCUCGACGGGGCUUACCGUGUCAGAUGGAAGUUUAGAGACAUCAGCGCAAAGGCCACCAGAGACAUUGGCCAGCGGCUCAAGGCCGUGGGUGAGCCCGGCCACGCCAGCGCAAACGGCACAAACGAUGUCGACAAUGAUCCAGGGCUCUCUUCGUCGAGUCCCACGUCGCCCACCGCUCACUCUUCGUCCGUCGCCAGCAAUUCGAAACCGGCAGAGGUCAGUAUUACUCCCGACGAACGCGGCGCAACUCCGUAUCGGAACCUCAACAAACGAGACCACUCCGUCUCGUUUGAACACACUGUCGAAGUCGUUGCUCAUAUGCGCGUCGUCCGCGGCGAGCUCAUUGGCGAACCGCUGAAAUUGGUCAUUGAACGCUACACGGAAGAGACUGGAGACUCGGGAACGAUGAAAUUUGAGCCCCGCGUUGGCCACAAGUUUAUCGACCUCGCCGAGUUUGUCAACGAGGGCAAAAUCAGGCGGAAAUACCUCUUGGAGCGUAGUAAGACCAACGCCAUGGUCACAGUUUCCCUCGAUAUCCGCACCACUAAGUCGGGCAUAGAGUUUAGGAAGCCAGACUUACGUCAAGAUCAUCUCCUGAUUGGUCGUAAAGAAUCCGGACCUCCCCUAAAGAGAGACCGUCCGCUUACACCUCUGAACACGACGUUUCACGGCUCGCGUGGCGACUCGCUUCAACCCACCCUUAGUCGAACAUCCUCUGCCACCUCUUCCACCACGUCCUCUGCACGUGGACAGAUGAAUCGUGGCUUGCCCGUUUCGCGCUCAGAGACAGAGGCAGUGAUCGAGGCUCUUUUCAACCCAACCAUCUUUUCUUCCCGUGCAAUCACUCCCUCGUCUGCCUCUCCACGUGCAAGCCUCGAGCUUCCGACCCCAAAGCUUAACGAGGCGCACACCCCGCGACCGCGAGCCGAGCCUGCACACCAUAACAGGAGGUCGAGACGUGACAGCAUGGAGAGUAGCAGUGACAGCGACGACGUUCCUCGCAGCGAGCUAUCCAAUAGUCGACCUGCAACGUCUACACAUUCCCAGUCCCCUGAACGUGAGCGACAUCACCGGCCGUCCCUCAAUGAACAAGGAAAGACGGCUCUGGAAAUCGCGUUGCAAAUGAACGACAAUAUGGAUUACAAUCACACCAUUCGUCCCAAACUUGCAAGUGCCGGAAGUAGCCAGGCCGGAAGUUGGGAGAUUAUCAACUUUAAGCAAGGCGCGCCUGGUAUUCGGAGGAAGAAACAGCAAGAUCGAAGCGAUACGGCCGAUUCAACGAGCACAGACUUUUCGACAACGAGCUCAAAGUCGCAUGCAUCCACCACUUCGUCUGGCCACACUACUACCCCAGAUAUCAUCUCCCCUUCCUCAAAGCCGCCACCUAUGAUCAGCAUCAUUGCUGAAACGCCGACGACGGCGAGACCAGACGAUAGAGGACGCUGGUACAAGCCGCGUACCUUUAAAAAGAGGAGCAACGGCGACGAUUCUGCACCGUCGAGCAGGAGUUCUACGCCUGCCCCGACAGAUAGAGCUGCAGGCGUCCAUGAUCAUAAACGACAGCGCCCGUCUGUCGACGCCGGGUUGGGUGAGGCGCUAAAAUUAAUCGUCCUUGGCGACAAACCACUGGUUUCUGCACCCGAAAAAAUAGAAGAUACCCACGACGGUCCCCUCUUGAGCGGACAAGUCACACCAACACCUCCGAGGUCCUAA